CAACCAAAUACCAUGGGCUCAUUGGCUUAUAUUGGUAGACAGAGACAUAGCAGCUCCUCAGCCACCCACCGCCACCGCCAACCCCACAUCCCUCCUCCGCGUGGUCCCUAUUCCAGCCUGUGCCAAUCCACCCCUCUCCUGUUCCCUCUUUUUUCUUCACUUGCCAAUUGCUAUUAGACAUUGGUCUAUGCACUCAAGUCCACCCACAAACGCUACUUAUUGACCCAACAUUCUUAAGCAAACGAAGUCCCAACUUCACAUUUUCUCACAAAUACCAAUUUAUUUAUUUAUUUAUUUUUCCGAAGAGUAAGAAACAGGAAAUCAUCAAUAGCCAUGAAUUUUCAGAUCUAUGGCUUCUUCACAAUCUUCAGUUUUCUUACUGUCGCAAGUUCUGCAUUGCAACAAAAUCCACCUGCCCAGAUCAACUCCAACUCGGUUCUUGUAGCCCUUUUGGAUUCUCAUUACACUGAGCUCUCUGAACUGGUUGAGAAGGCACUUCUGUUACAGACUCUUGAAGGAGCUGUGUCGAAGCAUAAUAUUACAAUCUUUGCGCCGAGAAAUGAGGCCUUGGAACGAGAUUUGGACCCUGAGUUUAAGCAGUUCUUGCUUGAGCCGAGGAAUCUGAAAUCCCUUCAAAAUCUGCUACUUUUUCAUAUGAUUCCAACUCGCACUGAGUCUAAGCAUUGGCCUGUGGAGAUGAACAACCCUUCUCAUCACACCAGUCUUUGCCGUGAUGCAUUCGAUGAAAAAAUUCAGUUAAUUGAGAAAAAUGGAGAGAAACUUGUGGGCGAGGCGAGGAUUAUUAAAGCAGAUGAUGUUGUUCGCCCCGAUGGGAUUAUCCACGGCAUUGAAAGACUAUUGAUUCCCAAAUCUGUGCAACAAGAUUUCAAUACCAGGCGAAGUUUAAGGUCAAUUUCCGCAGUACUACCAGAGGGAGCACCAGAAGUUGACUCAAGAACCCACAGGCUAAAAAAACCCGCGCCACCGGUUCCUGCCGGCGCGCCUCCGGUUUUGCCCAUUUUCGAUGCAAUGGCUCCCGGUCCAUCUCUUGCGCCGGCACCUGCUCCGGGUCCAGGCGGACACCACCACCAUUUCGACGGGGAGAGUCAGGUGAAGGAUUUCAUCCAAACUCUCUUGCAUUACGGUGGCUAUAACGAAAUGGCCGAUAUUCUGGUCAAUCUCACGUCUUUAGCUUCUGAAAUGGGAAAAUUAAUAUCAGAAGGGUACGUGCUUACAGUUUUGGCACCAAAUGAUGAAGCCAUGGCGAAAUUAACUACAGAUCAGUUGAGCGAACCCGGUGCGCCCGAGCAAAUAAUGUAUUAUCAUCUGAUUCCCGAGUACCAAACCGAAGAAAGUAUGUACAAUUCAGUGAGGAGAUUUGGGAAGGUGAGAUAUGAUACACUGAGAUUACCACACAAAGUGGUGGCUGAAGAGGCUGAUGGUUCAGUGAAAUUUGGACAAGGUGAAGCCUCUGCAUAUUUAUUUGAUCCUGAUAUAUAUACAGAUGGAAGAAUUUCUGUACAGGGAAUUGAUGGAGUUUUGUUCCCGCUUCAAGAAAUUAAACCUGCUCCUCCUAAACCUGCGACUGUUGCUAAGGUUGUCUCAAACCAAAGACGAGGUAUGUUUAUGUUGUAUUGUUGUUUAAAUCUUUGAUUUGAUUUGUGCAAAUUGUGGGUUUUGUGAGUUUUGGCCGGAGUUUUAGCCAGUCACUGUCAAUUAUAAUGCUUCGUUAUGACUUCACUCGAUUGGACUGGACUAGA